CAAGCUCGGUUGGCCCUGCUCCUCCUUCCCCUCGCUAGCAGCUGCGCUUAGCCCGGGACUGGACCGAGUUAGAGUUGAGGCGGCGGAGGAGUAGCUCGGAGUGCGUGUGAGCGGGGGGAGGGGGACCCGUGCCUGUGAGCGUUGGGGAGCUGGGCUCCAGCCCAGUUUGGUGCAGCCUUGGCAGAGACCAGCAAGGAAAGGAGCUCCAUUGGAAUUUCAAACAAGGGCACUAGGUUAAUUGGUAUAAGAGGAAUUGACUCUACAUUGGAGCACUUGGAGCAACUUAUUAAGGUAAACAGGCUGCAGUGGAUUUCUGGAUGGCUUAUCUGGAAUGGAUAGAAGUUCUCUCGGAGGAUUAGAUCGCUCUGAACAUACUUCUGGUUUACUAGGAACUACUGCCAUGGCAACUGGUCUUGCAAAUAUAGGAAAUACUUUUGGAGGUCCGGCUAAUAGUCUAGUUUCUAGACCUAAUAAAUUCCAAAACUCAUCUAUAGAAGAUGAUGAUGAUGUUGUUUUUAUUGAACCUAUACAACCUCCACCAACUUCAUUACUAAUAUCAGAUCAGAGAAACAUUACAUUUAUUUCAUCAAAAAGCGAAGAGCUUCAAGGAAAUGAUUCCAAAAUGCUUCCUCCUUCAAAAGACUUAAGUUCUCAAAAGGGAAGUAUAAGUGAGACUAUUAUUAUUGAUGAUGAAGAAGAUAUUGAAACAAAUCAAGGACAAGAGAAGAAUGUUUCCAGUUUUAAUGAACGAAGACUUCCAGAGUGUAAAAACAGAUCCAGCGAUAUGGAAUUCUCAGCUUCCAGUUUUUCAAGAAGUAAGGUAAAUGCAGGAAUAGGUAAUAGUGGUAUAACCACAGAACCAGACUCUGAAAUUCAGAUUGCUAAUGUUACCACAUUAGAAACAGGUAUGAGCUCUGUGAAUGAUGGUCAUUUAGAAAAUACUGAAGGGCGUGACAUGAACUUAAUGAUUACACAUGUAACAUCACUGCAGAAUACCAACUUGGGAGAUGUGUCUAACGGACUGCAGUCAAGUAAUUUUGGUGUUAAUAUACAAACAUACACCCCAUCUUUAACUUCACAGACCAAGACUGGUGUAGGACCUUUCAAUCCUGGUAGAAUGAAUGUGGCUGGUGAUGUCUUUCAAAAUGGAGAAUCUGUGACUCAUCACAAUCCUGAUUCCUGGAUAUCCCAGUCAGCUUCAUUCCCUAGAAAUCAGAAGCAACCAGGUGUGGAUUCCUUGUCACCAGUGGCCUCACUUCCUAAACAGAUUUUCCAGCCUUCUGCACAACAACAGCCUUCUAAACAAGUUAAAGUCACAUGUGCAAAUUGCAAAAAGCCCUUGCAGAAGGGACAGACUGCAUAUCAGCGGAAAGGAUCAGCUCACCUGUUUUGUUCUACUGCCUGCCUCUCAUCAUUUUCACAUAAACCUGCUCCAAAGAAACUUUGUGUUAUGUGCAAAAAAGAUAUAACAACAAUGAAAGGCACCAUUGUUGCUCAAGUUGAUUCCAGUGAGUCUUUCCAGGAGUUUUGCAGUACAUCGUGUUUGUCCUUUUAUGAAGACAAGCAUAAUCCCUCAAAAGGAAUCUUGAAUAAGUCAAGAUGCACUAUCUGUGGUAAACUAACUGAGAUUCGACAUGAAGUUAGCUUUAAGAACAUGACCCAUAAGCUCUGUAGUGACCACUGCUUCAAUAGAUACAGAAUGGCGAAUGGUUUAAUAAUGAAUUGCUGUGAGCAUUGUGGGGAGUACUUGCCUAGUAAAGGAGCUGGAAACAACAUCCUUACGAUUGACGGUCAGCAGAAAAGGUUCUGCUGCCAAAACUGCGUUGGUGAAUAUAAACAGAAAUAUGGCAAAUUAACAACUUGUACUGGUUGCAGAGCUCAGUGCAAGUUUUUUGAAAUGACUCAGUGCAUAGGACCUAAUGGAUAUAUGGAGCCAUACUGCUCAACUGCAUGCAUGAACACACACAAAUCAAAAUAUGCAAAAUCACAAAGUAUGGAAAUUAUUUGCCACUUUUGUAAACGAAACUCUUUACCUCAAUAUCAAGCCACAAUGCCUGAUGGAAUACUGUACAACUUUUGCAGUUCCAGUUGUGUAGCUAAAUUUCAGACUCUUAGCGUGCAGUCUUCAACCAAUGGUCAGUUUGUAUCUCCAAGUGACAUUCAGUUGAAAUGCAAUUAUUGCAAAAGUUCUUUUUGUUCAAAGCCAGAAGUUCUGGAGUGGGAGAACAAAGUAUACCAGUUCUGCAGCAGAACUUGUUCUGAUGAUUAUAAGAAACUCAACUGCAUAGUUACAUACUGUGAAUACUGCCAAGAGGAGAAAACACUGCAUGAAAUGGUGAAUUUCUCUGGUAUCAAAAGGCCAUUCUGUAGUGAAGGAUGCAAGCUGCUAUAUAAACAAGAUUUUGCAAGACGGUUAGGAUUGAGAUGUGUUACUUGUAAUUACUGCUCACAACUGUGUAAAAAGGGAGCAACUAAGGAACUUGAUGGUGUAGUAAGAGAUUUCUGCAGUGAAGAGUGUUGUAAAAAAUUUCAAGACUGGUACUUCAAGGCUGCCAGGUGUGACUGUUGUAAGUCUCAAGGAACUCUCAAAGAAAAAGUGCAGUGGCGUGGAGAAAUGAAACAUUUCUGUGAUCAGCACUGCUUACUGCGUUUCUACUGUCAACAAAAUGAACCUAAUAUGACAACACAAAAAGGACCUGAAAAUUUGCAUUAUGAUCAGGGUUGUCAAACUUCCAGAACAAAAAUGACAGGUUCAGCACCACCCCCUUCUCCAACACCUAACAAAGAGAUGAAGAACAAGGCAAUUCUUUGCAAACCUUUGACAAUGACAAAAGCCACAUACUGUAAACCUCACAUGCAGACAAAAUGUUGUCAGACAGAAGAUGAUUGGAAGAAAGAAUAUGUCCCAGUGCCUGUUCCUGUACCUGUUUAUGUUCCGGUGCCUAUGCAGAUGUAUAGUCAAAAUGUUCCUGUUCCAACAAUGGUUCCUGUUCCAAUACCAGUUCCGGUUUUUCUACCCACCACUCUGGAUAGCAAUGAGAAGAUUCUUGCAGCAAUAGAAGAGCUGAGGGGUAAAGUUCCUUCAAAUGCUCUGGAGGCUGAACUACUGACUAUAGCUGAGAUGUUGCCUGGCGAUGAUGGAAAAAUAGAGACUACAGAUGUGAACAGUGUAAUAAUCGAUACAGACUUGCUAACUUCUGGGACAGAGAUGCAGACAAGCUUGCCUGAUAUUCCGUAUGAUCCAGACCUUGAUAUUGAAAUUGAUUUUCCAAGAGCGGCUGAAGAGCUUGAUACAGAAAAUGAAUUUUUGCUGCCUCCUGUCUUUGGGGAAGAAUAUGAGGAGCAGCCGAGACCUCGAUCCAAAAAGAAGGGAGUGAAGAGAAAAGCAGUGUCAGAAUACCAGUCUCAUGAUGAUAGCUCUGAGAAUUCGGAGUGUAGUUUUCCUUUCAAAUAUGCAUAUGGUGUAAAUGCGUGGAAACACUGGGUAAAAACUAAGAGUCUAGAUGAAGAUCAACCAGUAUUAGAGGAACUGAAAUCAACAAAAUCUGUAAAAUUAAAGGAAGAUCUGUUAUCGCAUACUGUAGCUGAGCUAGACUAUGGGUUGGCGCGUUUUGUCAAUGAAAUUCGAAGACCAAAUGGAGAGAACUAUACACCUGACAGCAUCUAUUACCUGUGUCUUGGGAUUCAGGAGUACUUGUAUGCAAGCAAUCGAAAAGACAAUAUAUUUAUUAAUCCAAGCUACCAGACGUUUGAGCAGGAAUUAAAUAAAAUCCUUAAAAGUUGGCAACCAAGCAUUCUUCCAGAUGGGUCAAUAUUCUCUCGAGUUGAAGAAGAUUAUCUUUGGAGGAUAAAACAGCUAGGAUCACACUCUCCAUUUGCUCUUCUGAAUACACUGUUCUACUUUAACACUAAAUAUUUUGGCCUGAAAACAGUGGAACAGCAUUUAAGACUUUCCUUUGGCACUGUUUUUAGACAGUGGAAAAAAAAUCCUCGAACAAUGGACAGGAAAGCUUGUCUUCAAUACCAGGUUUCUUCUCUGUGCGGAGCUGAUAGUGAAGAUAAAAUUACUACUGGAAAAAGGAAACAUGAAGAUGAUGAGCCAGUAUUUGAACAAAUUGAAAAUACAUCAAAUCCUGCUAGAUGUCCUGUGAAAAUGUUUGAGUGCUAUUUAUCUAAGAGCCCACAGAAUCUUAAUCAGAGAAUGGAUGUGUUCUAUUUACAACCGGAAUGCUCUGUUUCCUCGGAUAGCCCUGUCUGGUAUACUUCCACUUCACUGGACCGCAACACUUUGGAACAUAUGCUUGUACGGGUUCUUUUAGUAAAAGAUAUUUAUGAUAAAGACAAUUAUGAACUCGAUGAAGACAUAGAUUAAAAUAAACUUCCAAAAGCUGUCAGGACAAAAAGAACAGCAUUAGAUAGUCAUGCUGCUAGACCUUUAUUAUGGAAAACAUUUCAAGUUUACUCUUUGUUUUAUGAGUUUUGUAGCAGUGUACCCUCACCUGGGUAUUACCAUGUAAAUAAUUUGUGAGUGAAAGUUGCCAUUAUUCUAUGUAGUGAUUUUAGGAUACUUAACAAACACAUUCAAAUUCAUUUUUUAUUAUUUAUUUGAUUAGGUAUGUUUGUAACUUUUUACAUUGCAAAAUAUGAAUGAGAAUGUGCCAUGUGUAAUUUUUUUCUUGUAGUAAGAAACAUCCAUAUUGCACAACUCUACUGUUGAAAGCUUCCUUGAAAGGAGGCUCUUUUACUGGGUUCUUCAACCAGAUGGUUGUGUAUGGGUAGCACUACUAAAGUUUAGAACUUGCUGUGUCUUUCAGGAUUUUUAAAUAAAUUGUAAACUAAUAGGUUUUUUUACUUUUUAGUUACUGAAGCCUUAUAAGGUUAUGUAGAGAGAUUCCAUCUUAUGUACCAAAAAUAGACAAAAGAGAAUGCUGUCAAUAUUGGUGUACUGUAAUGUGAAUCUAUACUGGUGAAAACAACUUUUUUGUUGCCCUUAUUAAAACCUUAGUGUCCUUUCCUUAUUUGUGACUCUCUGAAUUGCCCCUUCAAAUAAAAUAUACUUUAAAAAUGAGCAUAAGUGUAAGGCAUGUGAUCAUCUAGACAUUUAUUUUGUGAAAAUGUCUGAUGGCAAUGCUAUAAUUUUCUUUUCCAUUUUUAUUUUGCCAAACAUAAAUGCUGGUACCUCAUAUUUCUAUAAAUCAGUCCUUCAUAGCAAAAGGGACUUUAAUGCAGUAUUACAAAAAGUAAUACAGUAUGCUAAAUUUUUUAACUUUUUUUGCUUGUCAUUGCUAUGUUGUACUUAAAAACUAACAUUUGAUUAUGGGUUGUAAGAGUUCUUUUAACGAAUGUCUUCAUUAAAAAUAUAGAAGACACAUGAAGUUACAGAAAGUCAAAACAUACUUUUUUAAAACUGCUUUCCUUUGUGCUAUGUCUUUUCAAUAUAUUUAUUUUGUAUAAGGAAUCUGAUUUCCAGAUGUAUAUGUUUAGCCUCUCAAGUUUUGUUUGUUCCCUGCUCUUGAUUGACUAUAGCAGGCAAAAUGGUGGUUUGUGCAAUGAUCUUUCCUAUAAUACACAAGAAAUCAUAGUACAGCAUUCGGCUAUCAAGAAGGUAAUUAGUAUGGUAUUCCUAAUGAUUUAAGUAUCUAUUGAUAAGGAUCAAUUAUUACUGAGAUGAAGGAAAGAAAAUUGUUUUAUAUAACUUUUUGCCAUGAGAUUAAUUUCCUGCAGAGAUGCAAAUGUUUUUCACUUUCCGUAUUUCAUUUCCUGGACAUAUAGGGGGUGUUAACUUCUAUAAAGAGAAAUAAAGCUGCAAGUGCUUUGUUUUGAUAAAGAAAUGUAUUUAAAUUUCUGCUACUCUCUUCUGUCCAUGAGUAUAUAUUAACUUCAGAUACAUCACCAAUAGAAAGGCAGAUGAAUAUACACAUUUUUAAAUUUUUCUUUAUUUUGAUUGGCUAAAUUGGUACUAGGUCUCCCAAAAUGAUUUCAGUUGUACUGUUGCCUUUUUCCAGGCAAUGGUGCAACUUCAGUAACUAAAAUUUAAUACCUGUUUUUUCAAGUAAUAUUAGUCUAAAAUAUUCAUGAGAUAGAAAAGCUACUUGAUUUUAAAAUAAAUUUCAAGCGUUAUAAUCACUAUUUUAAUAAUUCUAUGUUUUGAGAGCUAAGUUUCCAAUUCAGUGAAGUACUUGAGUCCAAACUUAACUUUAAGUAAGUGAAUAGUCCCAGGGUAUGUCUAUACUAGCCCCCUAGUUCGAGCUAGGGAGGCUAAUGUAGGCAUUCGACAUUGCAAAUGAAGCCCGGGAUUUAAAUAUCCCAGGCUUUAUUUGCAUGUUCCCUUCUGGUCGCCAUUUUUAAAUUCUACUAGUCCGAAGUAACUUCCCGUGGCUACACGCGGCAGUCAAAUGGUAAUUCAAACUAAGUCCUUAGUUCGAAUUAACUGUUACUCCUCAAGAAAGUACAUAAUGUUUGACUCUUGUGCUUACAUUUCUGUAUACGCUGGUAUGUUUUGCCUGAACAAAAGCUGAUUAUGGAUAUCCUUUGAGUAAAAAAUAAGGACUCUCGUUAAUAUGACAUACUGGAGACUAAUCUACAUUGUUCUCUAUUUCAUAAGGAAGUAAUUACUGAAGUCUAUCACGUUAUUGCCCUAAAUUUCUUCCAUUCUCUGAGUUCUACUCCCCAAUUAAAAUUUAAAAAACGUAAUUUAGGCAGGGUUUAAAAUAGACGUUUCUACAUAUUGAGCCGAGUUGGUAAUAUAAAGAUGGCUGACAUGAAAAUAACUCUUACUCCAGAAGAUGGAGCUCUUCCAUCAUUAGCAAUAAUGUUUAUUUGGGUGUUUAGCGUGUUUAGAUUAAACACUGUAAACUGUUGAGAUACUGUAGUCAAGUACACAUCAUGCCUCAAUGUAUACAUGUUGUUAUAUCAUUUCUAAAUUUUAAUGGUGAUACAAACUGCAAUAAACAGCCUUAGCUCUAAUAAAUAAAUAAAUAAAUAAAUGCAAUUUUGUAAUAAUUAGGAGUUCAGGGCAAAUAUUUUUUCUUUUUAAAGACUAUUGCUAGUCCAGUUCUUGACCAUCUUGGUUCCAAGGAACAAUAUGAAGAUAUGUGUAGGCCUGUAUAGCCAUCUUGUUUCACACCAGGUGUCUAGGUUAAUGGCAUACCUAAAUAAUUUGCUUGACCUCCCCCAUCUUGUGCAGAGUAAAGAAAGAAGUAUGAAAAAGUGCCUUGGCUUUCUUGGCCUUUAGUGUUAACUGGUACAGCUCACCUUAGUGAGAAGUAUAACUUGGUAAUUAAUCAGUUGUAUAGUUGGUGUCUGUGCGUUUCCCCCUUAGAGGGCACUGGCAACAUGUGGUAGCCGAAAGACAAAUUUUCUGCCACUUCCCAAAAUUUGCCACCUUGUGCUAAAAGUCUCUUUUUCUGCAUAGAAGAAACGUUUUAUCUAGAAACUGACUCUCCAAAGAAACUUAUAUUUUUAAUAAUAAUUAAAACUAAGAUGGCAACUUGAAGAUAUUGAGAAAAUUAGAGUGGCAACACUAGGCACGAUGCAAUGCAACUACAACUUGCAGUGAAAAAUUUUAUACAAACAAAAAGUUCCUUAUUGGAAAUUGUAAAAGUAUUUGGUUUUCUAUUAAAAUGAUGCUUUCUGUGCAGUGA